AUGCUUCAUGAGGUACCAAUACAAAAUGAAGCGGAUUCAAGGGUUGAAGUGCUCAUUUGUGUGGUCGUCUGCAAGUUGAUGUUGUUGCUGAGGGUAGAGCCUCUUAUCCGAGUUACUCCAACAGUAGACGUGAUAGCACAUGCCAGAUACGCUCAUCUGUUCAACAUUGAGUGGAGGAGUCUCGCACCGCUGGCCGGCUCAAUCCAGCAUUCUCGUUCAACAAACGACAGCGCUGUACGAUAA